AUGGACAGAGAAGGUGGGAAGCCCGCGGCUGUUGUCGCAGUUGUGACUGAGCCUCGGUUUACCCAGCGAUACAGGGAAUAUCUCGAGGAGCAGAAACUCCUGGAUAGACAGCACCGCGUGGAAAAGAUGCCAGAUGGCACCGUGGCGCUACCCGUGGUGGGAGAGGCCCUCCUGGAGCAGCAUCUGUGGGAGCUGAGGAAUCGUGUGGCCCCAGGCAGCACCUGUAGGCUAACGCAGCUCCUGGAUCCUGUUCUUUCAAAGAAGGCCCAGGGUUGUUCACCUGCCCAAAGGCUGUGUCUUGAGGUGAGUCGCUGGGUAGAGGGCCGGGGAGUGACGUGGUCAGCGGAGUUGGAGGAUGAUUUGCCCCGAUCUUGGCAACGACAUGGUAACCUCUUGUUGCUGAGUGAGGACUGUUUCCAAGCCAAGCAAUGGAAAAAUCUGGAACCAGAACUCUGGAAGACGGUUGCUUCGGCACUCGGCGUCCAGCGUUUGGCCAAAAGAGGGCGGGUAUCACCGGAUGGCGCUCGAACUCCAGCAGUGACUCUGCUGCUGGGCGACCAUGGCUGGGUCGAGCAUGUGGAUAAUGGGAUCCUGUAUAAGUUUGACGUGACCCAGUGCAUGUUCUCCUUCGGAAACAUCACUGAGAAGCUCCGAGUGGCAUCGUUGCCCUGUGCUGGAGAAGAGCUGGUGGAUCUCUACGCAGGGAUUGGUUAUUUUACAUUGCCGUUCCUAGUUCAUGCUGGUGCUGCUUUCGUCCAUGCCUGUGAGUGGAACCCUCAUGCUGUAGUUGCUCUGAGAAAUAACCUUGAGAUCAAUGGAGUAGCACAUCAGUGCCAGAUACACUUUGGGGAUAAUAGGAAACUGAAGCUCUCAAAUAUUGCGGACAGGGUGAACCUGGGGCUGAUUCCCAGCUCUGAAGAAGGCUGGCCCAUUGCCUGCCAAGUGCUACGACAGGAUACUGGGGGUAUUUUGCAUAUCCACCAAAAUGUGGAAUCUUUCCCAGGGAAGAAUCUCCAGCCUCCUGGAAGCAGUGAAAUGGAGAAGGAGCUUUGGCCUUAUCCUCAGCAUAUUAUCACCAAACAAUGGAAAAAUGGAGCUAGCAGGGAUUCUAGGAGAAAAAUACUGUCGGCAGCCACCAAGCCAGAGUGGCAAAGGUGGGCGGAAUCUGCAGAAAAUCGCAUUGCCAGUCUUCUUCAGCAGAUGCAUGGGAAACCGUGGAAGACAGAAAUCCUGCACAUCCAACUGGUGAAAUCCUAUGCUCCCCACGUGGAUCACAUAGUCCUCGAUCUGGAAUGCCGCCCCUGUCCUCUAGUUGGCUAG